GUAUUAGAAUUAUUAUGAUUGUUAAAUAUUUAAUUAAAUUGAUCUUUUGCGCAUGAACAACGAUCAAUUAACGAUGUUUUCUAGGUUGUAGUUGUUCCAAAUGUAGCUGUACAGAACAAGGUACCUGGUGUACAAGGAUUAUUGUCGUUCAGGAAGGAUGUAAGCCGACUUUACCUAAGAUCAGGUUCUUCUUGGCGUAGAGUCGCUGAUGAAAGCGAGGUAAACUGUUAGACAAUAGGAAAUCUAUUAUGUCUCCCUGGAUCAAAACCUUAUGAAGCGUUUCCUCUCAAGCCCUAUUAGUAAAUAUUCCUUCAAAAAGAAUAAUUUUAUAUAGUCUGACAAGGUCUUUAAUUACAACGUACGAUUGUGCAGUUUUUAAUAAGAAUGAAGUUCCUGCAUUCUGUGCACUUUCUGCAUGACAUGACCCUCCCCCCGACUUUCAAAGGGAUGCAUGCCCAACAUAAUUCUUUGUUCCUUCUCCGAGUUUCACGCAGUACUUUGUGAACACAAUUUUGAGUAAAGUAUAUAGAAUCAGAUACAGAUACAGAUAUUGCACAGCACACUCCCUAUCAGGAUUUUCAGUGACUGGUACAUUAGAACCGGAACUGGCGUGAAGCAAGCCGAGGUAGACUGUGAGCUUACAAAUGGCGCUUUAAGCAGUCGCUAUUAGUCCAUAUCUCAUUAAUGAUCUGCCCCCUGACCAAUGUGUUUAACCCACCCUGUCAACUUACCCGGCAAAAACCAACGACUUUCGGCAGAGCGUUGACUUUUACUCUUUUCACACGAGGACCGGGUUCGAGUCACAUUGAGGAGUUCUCACUGAGAUUUGAACCUGCGACCUUAGAGGUGAAAGGCAAAGUGCGCUAACCACUUCGCCAACGAAUAUACCGAUCAUAGAAGUAUUUUAACUAUACUCUCGGCACUCGGUAAAUCGACAAUGUCGCUUCGUAAAUCUGGUCGGGGAAGGAGCUUUCGUAAGUGAAAUUAAAACUGAAUGAAGAUGUUGGAAUAAGCUUACUCCAUGAUUUAUCUAUCAAUAUAACAAGGUGACCUUAUUAAUUUUGGACUUCGUCUUUUGAAGGCUUGCAUAAUUUCGUCCUUAAAAUGCUAUAAUUAUGUAACGAAAUUUCGCACUAUUUUUUAUGACUACAUUUUAUUUGUAAAACAUUCAAAGUAACUAAUAAGAUACUAAUUCGGCAAACUAUCUUAGCUUGUUUCUUUCUUGACUAUUCUGAACAAUGUUUGACAUCACGUCAAAUUGCAUAAUAGCUUUCUGAAAAAACGUUUAUAAAUCCUAUAGAAAACUGAUUCAAAUUUGUCGGCACAAAACAUGUAUUUGUAGUAUGUUGGCAUAAAACAUACGCAUGGUUUUAUAAUUUCGAUGGACGAUGCUCCAAGAUCUUGCGCAUCAAAAAUUGUUAAAUAUCUAAUAUAAUAAGGUAAAAUAGUUUGGCGAAGUAUUUUAUUUGCUCACUUUGAAUUUUCUUUACAUUCCGUUCGUAUAGAAUGUAGUACGCGAUGCCUUUGUACUUUGUAACCAUGAUGCCUUAGUGAUCCCAUAAUCAUUCUUACAUCCACUGUUGGGAACGAACCCAACCGAAUGUCGUUUAUAUAUAAAAUAAUAAUCACCACGUCAUUACACUUUAUUUACUUUCAAAUUUAGUUUAUUCUAAGCAGUACAUCAUGACAAAUAUCUUGUACAUAUCAAAUACCCAUGCAUCAUUCUGUCCUCGAUUCUGUCCGUAUUUCGAAUAAUAUUGGUCGUAAACAAAGGUUUGCUACAUAGAAUUACAAAUAACGUUCAUUAACAACAAGUUCAAGUGGUUCAAAGUCAAAAUGAAAGAAAUACUUACAUCUUAUGGCGAUUUUAAAGCAGAUUACGUUUGUAUAUCUAUCACGAAUAUCAAUAGUUUUCCAAAAAGCCUCGCUCGCGAAGACUGGCCCUAAAUUAAUUAUGCUAAUGUCAACAAACGGCGCGAAAUAAUUAGAUUAAUUAUAGUAGCGUCCGUAACAUCCCGGCCCCCCAAUGAGCGUAUCACGUUAGCUCAUUUAUCACCUUUAUUCGUCAGCCUCCAGGAAGCACAACUUCUGAAUUGGACGUUUCAAAACAUUGUUUUUCGGUUUCACUUCGGCGACUCUGACAAGACCAUCCUUUCCAGGAAACACUUUCGUCACUCUACCAAGUAGCCAAUGUCCUCGUUGAAGAUUCUCGUCUACUAGGAGUACAAGAUCGCCAACUGCUAAAUUUCGUUGUGGUGUAAGCCAUUUCUGUCUUUGUUGUAAGGUUGGUAGAUACUCAUGUAACCACCGUUUCCAAAAAUGAUCGCUCAAAAUUUGUGAUUGUCUCCAACUCGUUCUGCUAUACAAAUCAGCAUCGUCAAAUUUUCCAGGAGGUAGAGUAAUAGCUGGUCUUUGAAGUAACAGAUGAUUCGGAGUUAACGGCUCCAUGUCCCGAGGAUCGUCCGAGUUCGGGCACAGAGGUCUGGAAUUGGCAAUCCCUUGGGCUUCUGAUAACACCGUUCUCAAGACUUCUUCUUCAACUAAUGUCUUUCCUAGGAUAGCCUUCAACGAUUGUUUAACACCACAAAUCAGUCUCUCCCACACUCCCGACAUAUGGGACGCUAAUGGCGAGUGGAAAAUCCAUUCUACUCCGGUUUGUCUUAAAUGCUCUUCAAUCUGAUUUUGAUUCCACCUUUCUAAAGCUUCACGUUACUCGCGCUCUGCGCCCACGAAAUUUGUACCGUUAUCUGAACGCAGUUGUUUAACGCCACCCCGAAUGUUUAAGAAUCUUCGUAACACCAUGAUGAAAUCAUCGGUUUCCAGGGACUGGGCUAGUUCUAGAUGUAUGGCUCUCGAGGCCAUACAUACAAAUAUACAUCCAUAACGCUUGGCAGAACCCCGUCCGUGUUUUACCAUAAGUGGUCCGAAAAAGUCAAUGCCCGUGUUUGUAAAGGGAGGUUCGAAAGGAGUAAGGCAAACCUUAGGUAACUCUGCUAUUUCUUGGGUUAUCCGUACAGAGUAUCUUUUCCUACACGGUAUGCAUUUGCUGAUCACUCGUUUAAUAGUCGCUCUGCCCUUAACGAUCCAAAAUUCUUCUCGAAGUCGAGAUAACAACUGCUCUUGUUCGCAGUGUCCAAGUUGUUGGUGAUUAAAACGAAUUAUCAAGGUUGUAACAUGGUGAUUCUGCGGUAAAAUCAUCUGAUGUUUGCUGUCAAACGUGCUUGGUGCUUCUGAUAUUCUACCAGAGACCCUUAGGAGUCCGUUCUCGCCUAGCAUGGGCUUAAGCUUCACAAUCGAACUCGAUUUCUUCACACGUUGACCGGUUUUAUCCUUUCUUUUAAGAUCUUGCAAUUCUUCCGGAAACGACUGGUGUUGAACAAGUGAAACAAUCGUUCGUUUCGCUAAAGUCAGGUCAUCCACGGUUAAAGUAUUGCAUUCUAAACGUUUGCCAUUUUUCAACCAAGCUUUGUACUUGCAUAGCCAAGCCACAUAUUUAUGUAGUUUCGACCAGUCCGAGUAUCUUUCGGGGAGUUCAUAGAGCAGAGGGCUUACAGUCGUCUGGAGGCGAGUUUCUUCUUUUUGAUUUCCAGCUCGCUGUCGGGUAUCUCUUGAAUUGGCUCAUCGGGCCAUGUAUCUCUGGGGUUCGAAAGGAACUCUGGACCUCUUAGCCAUCGCUCUUGUUCUAUGUAUCGCUGAGGGUCCAAACCGCGAGAACAAUUGUCCGCAGGAUUCAAACUUCCUGGACAGUGUCGCCAUUGACUCGGAUCAGUUGAUUCCCGAAUUUCGUUCACUCGGUUAGCUACGUACGUUUGAAAUCGUUUCGUCGUGUUGCGAAUAUACGACAAUACUAUCAUACUGUCCGUCCAAAAGUACGUUUCAUGUACGGUUAUAUCGAGCUCAUCUUUAAUUAUCAAAUUCAUUCGUACAGCUAAUAAUGCACUUUGCAAUUCGAGUCUUGGAAUCGUGGGUGACCGAAUGGGAGCAUUUCUCGACUUUCCCAUGACAAACGAACAGUUAAUAGUUCCGUCGCUGUAGAUGAUGCGUAGGUACGACACGGUACCGUAUCCAAUCUAUGAGGCGUCACAAAAAUGGUGUAACUCGACAACAGCAUCGUCAUGAUCUGGAAGUCGGUAGAAACAACGAGGGAUGCUUAUCUGAGUCAUCAAUGGUAAAAGUGAUUUCCAAUUAAUCCAUGAUUUCAGUAGAUCGUUCUCCAGGAAGUCGUCCCAUUUCAUCUUCCUCCUCCAACACACUUGGAGAAUUUGCUUAGCAGGUAAAAGAACUGGUGCAGCAAAUCCCAUUGGAUCAUAAAAGGAGGAAACACAUGAAAGCACACCUCGCAUGGUAUUUGGUUUGUCACAAGGUUUUAUCUUGAAACAAAAGGCAUCAUCUUCGACGUUCCAGUGGACACCCAGCGUGCGUUCAAUAGGAAGUUGGUCAAGACUUAGAUCCAGGUCGGGCAAGACUCUCCUUUCAACAGGCACUGCCUCAAGAACUCUCCGACUGUUGGACAUGAAUUUGGUCAAUUUAAAGCCUCCACGUGAAAGCAAAGACAUUGAUUGAACUCUUAGCUACUUUAAUAGCAAUUUCUUCAUUCUUCAGGGCUCUCAACAUAUCAUCGACGUAAAAUGUCUUAAAACAGUGUCAGCGACAAGGUUAUCAAAUUCGCUCUUAUUAUCUUCGGCAGUCCUUUUAAGGCAGUAAUUUGCACAGCUCGGCGAGUCUGUCGCCCCGAAAACGUGUACGGUCAUAACGUAUUCAUCAGGUGGCUUGUCGAGACUUCCGCUCCACCAGAGAAACCGAAACGCAUCCUGGUCGGCUUCUGGAGAUACCUUCACCUGAUCAUGGAUAAUAAAAUAAAUGGAUAGGAACUAGCUGACGUGACCUAAUGUUUUUACUGGGAUUGAUGGCGUGGUUGGAUGCCUCAACCUAGUUGAAAUUCAAAUUCUCAAAAACGGCAUGUUUAGCAAUAAUACAGCUAAAUAUUUUAGUCAAAGAGCAAAUAAAUGUAACCACGCCAUUCUGCGAUGAAAACUCUAAGUAUUCCCAGUCAAUUUUAGCAAAUAUUUCAAACACUAAACAGUGAAAAAUAUAUCGCAAAUUUCGUUAAAAAUUGUGACGCCAAUUUCGUAGCUACAAAUGUAAAAAAAUACAAAACAAAGACGAAAAACAUUUACCUUGAAUACUUUGUCGUGGCUUAGGCAUGUUUUUAAAACAAUUAGACCAGUUUACGGUUCAAGAUCACCCUUUUAAAGUGGAAAAUAUAGCAAAACAACAAAUAUGCCGAGAACUUUGGUAACAUUCGCAAUACGCGUGACGUCACGUUUUUCAACAAGGAUGCAGUCAAUGACGUCAGAAGUUUCCAAUCCAUUUAUUUUAUUAUCCAUGACCUGAUUGAACAUACCUUCAAUGUCCGCCACUAGGGCAAUGUUAUCCUGGCGAAACCUUAUAAAAACACCAACGAGACUGUUCGUAUAGUCCGGGCCUUGCAAUAAAUUCUGAUUUAGGGACGUAUCUUCAAACUUUGCCGCUGCAUCAAAAACGGUUUAGACGCCGAACUCUUCUCUGUGCCUGCUCUAGUUUCAACCUUGCUAAUUCUGCUGAACGAGCCGCCGUCUUCACCCUAGACGACACAGAGGACCCCCUGAACGUCUACUCUUUGACGACCUUGACAUGGAAACACUACUUUGUACUGACACAGAAAGUUUAUCAUCAUCCUUAAGGUGAAGACCAUUCUCAAACUUUGAGUCUCUCUGUAAACUGCGAAUGCUCUUGUUAAGUUGACCAAUAGCUAGUUGAUUACAUUCAUUUAUUUUUCGUUCGAGACUUUGACGUUGGAUGCUAAGACGCUCCAAGUCACGCGUGUUAUUAAUCAGCUGAGAAUAAUCUUCAUGUACCUUGAGGUACUUAACCCACCUUGAAUGUAUAGUGUCCAAAGUUUUUUCAAUUUCUGUAGUCUCAAUAUUAUUAUAAUCAUAAGUUUUUAAAGACUCUGUAGAUACUUCAAUAAUUUGCGAAAGUUUUAAUAAUUCAUGCUUUAGUCCUUUGGAAUGUAUUUCAUUUAAAUAUUCUGCGUACUCACGCGACACCUUCCGGGUCCGAGAUGUCCUUCGUAAACCGUUGUCACUUCCGGCUUAUUGACUUCGUCGAUCGCGAAGUUCGUCGAACUGUUUUGCACAGAUUUCAUCCAUAAAAGAUCAAACUAUGUUGGGAACGAACCCAACUGAAUGUCGUUUAUAUAUCAAAUAAUAAUCACCACAUCAUUACACUUUAUUUACUCUCAAAUUUAGUUUAUUCUAAGCAGUACAUCAUGACAAAUAUCUUUUACAUAUCAAAUAUCCAUGCAUCAUUCUGUCCUCGAUUCUGUCCGUAUUUCGACUAAUAUCGGUCGUAAACAAAGGUUUGCUACAUAGAAUUACAAAUAACGUUCAUUAACAACAAGUUCAAGUGGUUCAAAGUCAAAAUAAAAGAAAUACUUACAUCUUAUGGCGAUUUUAAAGCAGAUUACGUUGUCAACAAACGGCGCGAAAUGAUUAGAUUAAUUAUAGUAGCGUCCGUAACAUGCAUCAACUGCUGGGGUUGCUUGAAGAAUUCGAGCGAUGAAAUCAUCUAACUGUUCAUCAUAUAUAUUAGAGAACUCUCUUCCCUCUACUGGCAUACCGAACUGGUAUAGCGUACUACUUUCUGAUACACCAAGACUUCGAGCUAUGUCACUCCAGCGCAUACCACAAUCACCGUGUAAAUCCUGCAACUGUUAGUGGCUUGCGCGAAAUCCUGGUCACCCACUCAAACCACUAUUCUCAACUGAAAUAUUUACGUUUAACAUUCCGUUUUCAUCCAUAUCGUCUUGUAAAAGACAUUUUCUUUCAAAGUGAGAUCGAAGAGAAAGCGUACGAUCCAAAAUAUACGAUAAAUCAAGCAAGUAGCUUCUCUGUGAUUCAAGGUGUCCAUAGGACUCUGGAUGCUAGGCUAUAACUGAAAGCGUUCUGGCAUAUUCGUCAAGUCUUCUUGUUAAUUACCGAUCACGAGAUGCAGAAUGCAACCGACCAUCACAAAUGUCAAUUAGUCUUCCCAAAGAUAAAAAAACUCGUUUAUAUUUGGCAACCAAUGCGCCAUUUUCCUUUCGAUUUGAUUUAGCAUCAUUUAUAGCACAUGUCAAUUACUUCCGAUUUUUAGUUUCCGGUUUCCAUUGACCAUUUUUUGCUUUGCACCUCCGUUUCCACUGGACAAGAUUUUUUUGUAUCAACCAAUUUCCAAUUUUCAUCGAAUUUUCUUUGCAGUUCGCACUUCCGCUUGUACGUACUCGACAAGAUUUUUAUUUCGAAUGUUGUUUUUUUUUAUUUCCUAUCGAAGAUUGAAUAAUGUUUUAAUUACGCUUUUUUGUCCGCAAUGGAACGCCAUACCCGGAACGGCGCUUCGCACCGAUGGCUCGCGUAUAAAAAUAUUUGACCAAAUUAAGCCCAGGAAUCAUCUUAUUAAAGUCCCGUUUAAGGUAUUUUUUAAAUUUUCAUGUGUAAGGACAAUUCAAGUUGUAUGUUGUUUUAUUAAACGUAUAUUUUUCGAGAAAUAACUGAACCUAUAUGAAGCAUGUGAAUUGAAACAUGUAGCACUGGCCUGUGUUUUUUUAUGUUUGUAUUUGGGGUGGGGUUUUUUUUGCAGUUUGGUCGGAAAAAAGUACAUUUCGCGCUUCGCACUAAGUCCAUUGAAGUCCAUUCACUAUAUUGUACUAUCUUUAGUGUCGAUAGGGCGCAAUUUUCAAAUUCUUGGGUGGUAUUUUCAGUAGUUAAAUUAAAAGUUGUCUUCACUCGUCGGAUUGUCGCUAAAAAUAACUCUUUUUGAUAUUCGUAAAAGGCUAUCCCCUCCCGCAUCCAAUUAGAUUGCAAGAAAUAAAAAUAUCACUUGGCAUGAACAAAUAAAAAAUAAAUACAUUUAUUUUAUUGAGAAGGUCAGCAGAAAUAUCCACCUGACCACCAAUUAUGGUUGUACUUCAUGAGUGCUGAACAUUGCAUAGUUAAAUUGGGUGUAGGCGUUACAGUGAAGGUCAACACUCAUAUGAAAACUAAGGAACUUAUAGUUUUUUUAUUAAUAUAUCAAUAUCUCAUUGCUUAAAUAAGGUCAAAAAAUAGCCCGGCUUUACCCUACUCAGCCUACUGGGUAAUCCGCAGUGGCCCCAAUAAGUACGUAAAAGUUAAAAAAUCUUCUAUAUUCUUCCACUGUAGCCUAUUAAUUGUAUUGUUUGCAUACUAGGUCAGUUUGCGAGAUUCGCAACUGCAAACUGGAACGUAGAAUCACGACGCUUGAAAGUAAUAUCACAACACAACUGGAGGGUAGAAUCGAGCAACUAGAAAUUAGUACGACAUCACAACUGGAACGUAGAAUCGUACAACUUGAAAGUAGAACUACCCCACAACUGGCACGUAGAAUCACGACGCUUGAAAGCAAUACUACAUCACAACUGUCACGUAGAAUGACGACGCUUGAAAGUAAAACUACACCACGACUGGAACGUAGAAUCACGACGCUUGAAAGUAGAACUACACCACAAUUGGCACGUAGAAUCACGACGCUUGAAAGUAAUACUACACCACAACUGGCACGUAGAAUCACGACGCUUGAAAGUAAUACAACACCACGACUGGCGCGUAGAAUCACGACGCUUGAAAGUAAUACUACACCACAACUGGCACGUAGAAUCACGACGCUUGAAAGUAAUACUACACCACAACUGGCACGUAGAAUCACGACGCUUGAAAGUAGAACUACACCACAAUUGGCACGUAGAAUCACGACGCUUGAAAGUAGAACUACACCACAACUGGCGCGUAGAAUCACGACGCUUGAAAGUAGAACUACACCACAACUGGCACGUAGAAUCACGACGCUUGAAAAUAGUAUACACCACAACUGGCACGUAGAAUCACGACGCUUGAAAAUAGUAUACAACAACUGCAACGUAAAAUUUGAGCAAAUUCAAGGUAGUGUUGCAGAUUUUCAAAACUUUUUCUUAUUAAACUGCAGUGUUACGACGCUUGAAAAUAGUAUACAACAACUGCAACGUAAAAUGGAGCAAAUUCAAGGUAGUGUUGCAGAUUUUCAAAACUUUUUCUUAUUAAACUGCAGUGUUGUAAAUUGUUCAAUAAUUACGCGCAGACGUAUUAUACCUGGUAAAAUUCGCCUUUAUUGGAUGCCAUCCUAGGUUAAAUAGGCUCUAUUAGUAUAGGUAAUAGCAUGGUUUCGAAUGCAAUUUGGAUAUAACAUGCACGAGUGAGUUUUUCAAAGACCUCUAAAUAGCACGAGUCCGAAGGACGAGUGCUAUUUGAGGUCUUUGAAAAACUCACGAGUGCAUGUUUAUCCAAAUUUCAUGAGAAACCAUGCUAUUACUUAUUAAUAACUUACAUAAAAAUCUUCGAGACAAUUGUAGUUUUAACUUACGCGUUUAUACCGAACAUUCCACUGGCAAAGUUUUCCUGGCUUUGUUAUAUCACAUUAUACAACGCUAACAGCUUGAAAAUUCCACUCAAUUAUGUAAUUUUUGUUAGUCUUGUUUAAGGUAAAUGCUUUUCCAUUUUUUAAUAAAGAUAAAAGCCAUAUUUUCCACGCGAAGGCAACUUUUACUUUGUGUAGCUCGGCGCCAUGUUUGUUUUGUGUUGUUUUGACUUUUAAAGCAAUCUGCAGUGACCGUUACUUCUUUAAACUGAAUUGCUUUAAACUGAUUGGUUGAUUUAAUCAUCACAAUGCUUUUCCACCAAUCAGAUCAGUUUGUUACAGAUUUUUGCACUGUGAUUACAGAAAAUUGCACUGCUGUUUGGGAUUAACUGCACUGAAAUCAACCAAUCACAGUCGAGUAAUAUUAAUGUUAUCAUGUUUGGUAUGAUUGAAAGUUUUUUCCCUAAGUGGCAGUUGAGAACAAGAAAAUCAGAUAAAGCAUGGGUAACCCAAUCGUUAAAAUUGUUAAUCAAGAGAUGUCAGAGAGCCCUUCAUUUGUAUGGGAAAAUUUCGCAGAUUUAUAAAUAUUGGCGAAAUAAAGUUCAGCAAGAAGUUAAAACUGCUCGUAAAAGGUUUUACCACCAGUCGGUCAAGAAGUAUAAACAAAAUUAAGAAAAGUCUCUCAACAGUCUUGGCACCAUCAGCUGCUGUCUGAUGAUAACCCUAAUUGUGCGGACCUUGCUGAGUCUUAUAACGAUUUCUUAGUUGGUCUCACUGCUCACUUUGAACCCUUGGCUCGCUGUCAUCAGAUUGAAGUGCCAGAUUAUGUUAUGGUAAAUCCUGGACAAGUUUAUUCAGCGCUGCGGCGUAUUAAAACAACAAAAUCACAGGGUCCUGACAGCAUCCCAAACAAAGUAUUGAAGACUUUUGCUUUCGAACUUGUGCCUGUAUUGUCUGAUAUAUAUAAUUCCUCAAUGCUCCAGGGAACCUUUCCGGAAAAAUUAAAGCGUUCCUUUGUUGUGCCUAUUCCGAAAGUAUCUCCCCCAAAUCCCAUUGAAGAAGAUCUACGUCUUAUCUCCCUCACUGCACAAGUUGCAAAAAUAAUGGAAGGAUUUACUUUGGAAUCGUUAUUGCUAGAAGUUUUAGAUAAGCUGGACCCGAAACAGUUCUCGUUGCCCAAGAACUCAACAACUCAAGCGUUGGUUUAUCUUAUGCAUCAGAUCCAUGCCGGACUUGACAAAGGUCAAUGUUCAGCCAGAGUGAUCUUCGCAGAUUUUAAAAAGGGAUUUGAUUUAGUUGAUCACAAUGUCAUUAUUACUGAGUUUGAAAGGCUUGGCGUCCAUCCCGUUAUCAUACGCUGGAUUAAAUCAUUCUUAACUGACCGAGAACAGUGUGUUAGGGUUGAAAACUGUAAAUCUUCCUGGAAGAAAACUAAUGGAGGUUUACCACAAGGAACCAAAUUAGGACCAUUACUAUAUUUGCAAUUAUGGUUAACUCUUUAUUAAAAGAUUGGCAAGGCAGGAUUAAGUAUGUUGAUGAUACUUCAGCACUUGAAAUCAUCCCUCGGUGCUCACCAAGCUUACUGCCCAUCGUUGUCAAUGAAAUUUCUGAUUUUGCUGUUUCACGUGGGAUGAAGUUAAACCCAAAGAAAUGCAAGGAAAUGUUUGCAUCAUUCCUUAAAUAUGACUUGCAUUGUAUAGAUUCCAUAUAUAUUUCUGGUACCCCGGUUGAAAGAGUUUGUUGUUACAAGUUAUUAGGCGUUAUCAACUCGCAAGAUCUUACCUGGAACAGACAAGUGGAUUAUAUUCUCAAGAAAGCCAAUUUCCGCCUUUAUGCUUUGAGACAAUUAAAGAAAGCUGGUUUUAACUCAACAGGAUCUUCUUAAAAUUUAUUGAUUAGGUCUUUGAUUAGGUCUUGUAUUGAAUAUGCAUCACCUGUGUGGUCGGACUUAACCCAAAAUUUAACAAAUUCAAUCGAGUCUGUUCAAAAACGACCAUUACGAAUAAUUCUACCCUCUCUUGCUUACGAAGAUGCUUUGACGCGGUCCGGUCUAGAAACUUUAGCAAGUCGCCGAUCAAAUGCUUGCCAGAUGUUUGUUGAGAAAAUGAAGUCUGACGAUCAACCAAAUAACCCUUUUGCCAAAAUUUUGAAGCAUAACAUUCAUAAUGAACGUAAUCAUAGUUAUAAUUUAAGACACGAGGGACUAAAUAGAGUGAGGGCACGUACAGAACGUUUCUCUCAGUUUAUUACAUGCAAAUAUUAUUGAUGUUUCUUAGUCAUUGUAGGUUUUCCUAUUUAAACUUUUUUAUUUAAUCUUGUCAAUAGAUAACUUUAUAUUUGUAAUAUUUCUAAAAGCUCAUUGUCAUCUCUAGUUUAAGCGUGUAAUUCAGUUUUGUAACUGCAAAGCGUUUUAUUAAACUAUUUAUUAUUAUUAUUAUUAAAACAAUAUCUCACUCGUUCGCUGCGCUCACUUGUGAGAUAUUGUUUUUGCCACUCGAACAUAAAAUCCAUAUCUCUUCGCAACCGUCUAAUAUCCUCUAUAUAUUCGCGUUAAUUAAACCAAUUUUAGAAGUACCUGAAAGCAAUUCGCGUUAAUUAGACGACACGUUUAUUUAUGUCGCGUUAAUAAAGUGCAUCGUUAAUUUCCUAUAAUAAGAUAAUUUGACAGACAAAGGCCUCAUCUUUAUUGGUACGCAAAAAAUAAGUGUCAAUUUUUUUGUACACCCUAUCAAUAAAAUUGUUAUAGCAACAAUUGCCAUUUAUCAAUUUAGCGAUUCCAACUUUUGGCCCAGUACAUGAUAUAAUCGAAAGAGGAAUUAAAUCGAAAUGCAACUGGCAGCGUGAAAAUUAUUUCAAAACCACGAUAGUUGUAUAUAAUAGUUAGAAUUUAAAGAUAGCCGCAUUAAAUUUAAAUGACGUAUUAACCAUGUUUGCAUGAGACCAAUUAUAAUAUGCUGUAGUUAUAUUAUUUGCGGAAACGGAAAAGAGGAUAAAACACGGAAUACAGGAUAAAACGCGGAAAAACCUUUCUACUCUACGUUUAAGUCAUGCAUGUUAUCUUUUUAGUUGGUUCAGUAUCCCGUAGAUGGUAAAUGCCAGACUUGGUCCAAACUCUCUAAGACAAUAUAAAUGAGGAGUUAAAUAUGGCACGAUUUCUUACGACAGUUUAAAGUCGCCUUUUGCGGAUUAAAAUUAUGGUUGCUUUCUUCUUAUGUUGCACACAUUCUUGUGGAAAUAGAGUGACCAAAGACAAAAGAUAAUUUCAGCAUUGCAUUGCAAAGAUCAUGCUUAAAAAUAGCACAGAAACCGCGAGGUGGCAGUUUGGCGCCAAAAGAUAAUAGGGAGUCAUUCAGUGAGUAAAUAUUGCGAGACGGAUGUUACGUAAUUGGAGCGGUGCUGCAAUCAUUGCGAAAAGUAGAACCUGCAUGAUUCUACUUCUAUGUAACUCUAGCCAAAGUUUUAAAAAUGUAGUGUUAAUAAUUAAUGUUUUAACUCAAAACACUUAAAAUAUACAAGAUUCUUAUUGCAGGUGAAUGAUCUGUUUAUUAUAAUAAUUUCCCUUUCGAGUCGUUUAAUACAAAAAGAAAAACACGCAAGAAAGUCCAGAGUGCGACACAAAAAUGAACACAAGUACACAACGGAUGUUUAUGAGUCUACAACGUAUAUUUAUAGUUGUUUAUUAAAGGAAAACUGUCAACCCUUUAACUUGCCCUUAUUAUUUGUAUUCCACUAUACUGUAUAUUGAGUAAUUCCACGUACUAUAUUGUAUAUUAAAAUUCGCUGGGUUCAAAUGAUGGGGUUUUAGAGUCGUUACACAAAGAAAAACACAUUAAUUCAACACGCAAGAAAGUCCGGAGUGCGACGCAAUGUAAAAUCCAUAGGUCAACUCCGCCAAAAGCUACCAUUUUGAAACUGGACUAAUAUGUCACCCUUGGAGUUUGGAAUUGUGCGCGUGCGUACAAGUCUAUAUGUGGGCUAAUAAACGAAAAAUGUACCACAAGCAUUGUAUGAGCCAGCUAUUACGUACAUAAAUACGAGCUUGUUACUAUAAUAUAUAAAUCGUGGAAUCGAUGGCAUUUUGGCUUAAUCGCUGCACCCUGAGCCUGCGAUGCGCGAACGCAAACUUCGAUUUCUCGACGACGAAGAAAACAGAAAAUUAGGGAUUUAAGACGCUUGACCUUUCAGGUCAGUGUAACAAGACGCUCCACGGAGCGUUAAGUCGCUGGGGCGAUGGAAAUAUGCAACUUUAAAUACAAGUAAUACCACUAAUUAAAGAAGAACGUAUUUGUUUUUCCGAAAAUAUUGAUUCUUGAAGUUUGCAGUUUGCCUGGCAGUUAGCGCUAAUAGUUAAAGGGAAGUGGCAAUAUAUUUUUUUUUCUCAUUUGAAAGAACUUUGAAACUAUUUAAUAACUUCUUUUACCUAUUCUGCAUAUCUUGCUUAGUUCUUGAAAUAUUUUCACUUGAAAUAAUGACAUGUCAGCCAUCUUGGAUAAAUUUUUGAUUCAUUAACGGUAGUUUUGGUGACGUCACAACAGGGAUUAACCAUAUAAAAGCAUAUGUUGCUGAUCAAAUAUUGAUUGGUAGAUGUUUUAAAGGUCUCAAGUGAUCUUGGUAUUUGGAAGGGCAAAAUUAUUUUGAGUGCAAAAUGAUUGAUUAGUGGUUGUCUAGAUAAAAAUAUUGCGUGACCCCUGUUGUGACGCAACUUGCAUAUCUACAAAAAUCCAAGAUGGCGGACAUUUCAUUUCUUUCGAUUAAAAUAUUUGUAGAAGUAAGCAAGAUAUGAAAAAACGGUAAAAGACGUUUAUAUAUGGUUUUAAAUGUUCUUUCAAACGAGAAAAUAAAAAAUAUAUUGCCAUUUCCUUUUAAAACAAAUACAAACAUGUGCACAGUGGCGUAACCAGCCCGACGAUUUGGUCCCGCUAUGCAAAUUUCAACUCAUUAUCAUUAUUAAUUUCUUUAGACUAAUUGAUUGUGUUGAUAGUUUAUAAACAUGGCAAUAUUUGCAUAGCGGGACUGAAUCGGUGGGCUGGCUACGCCAGAGUAUAUAGUAUAGUGUACCGUAUAUGUUACAAUUAUAAGCGUUUAAUUAUCCUGUUGUCAUUACACAGAUCGCUGGUGUUAUGUUACCAACUGGCCAAGUUAAAACCGAACUUUAAUAGCGCUACUGCAACGAAUUCUUGGACCCUAGUUUUUUUUAGUUUAAAUAAAAUUCAGUCUUUUAGAAGCAUUUUCAUAUAUAUUUGACCAUCACGCGAUGCUUAGAAGUUGUCAAAUUUAACCUCUGAAGUUGGUUAUCGCGUUGCGAACUUUUCCGCCCCCAUACAUGUGACGUCAUAAGAUGAACGGAAACGACGAUAUAAAGGUCGUAUUUGUAGUAAAUUAUAUGACGCGUCAACACAUUGAAGUGGAUUUUUUGUCUAUUGCACUUGUUUAUGGCGCAGAUAAUUGAUUUUUAAAAAUCGAAGAACAUUGUCUAUCACAUCUUAUUGUUUAUUUAACGGCGGAAUGACGGUUAGAGACUCAAAUAAUAGGGUCAGUACUGCAUCUGGAAGUCGACGAGUAUGGACUCGGCUAAUUCGGCUUUGAAAUACGAUGAUGAACCAGUUGCCUAACAGCUUUUAUACAGCUUCACUAGACGAAGUGAUAGAGACAUUAACGCCGCUGCAGAUAGGCAACUACCAUCCGUGACUGUGUUGGAGCAAUUAAGCGAUGGUACAAUACCUGUAAAAUUAGUGGUAAGUAGAUCCUUUUUUCUGCAUGUAUAUUUAUAUUGCAUUGUGCUCGCCUCGGUAUAUUGUGUCUAAUUGUUUGAAUACAUCUGGUGUGUGUAACCACGGUUAACUUAAUAUUUAUUAUAAACUGGAUUGUGAGUGACAAAAAAUAUAAUAACGUUUAAUGAGGUUAUGCAAUAACCAAGGUUAGCAACUUGGUAACCAGGUAUCCUGACGUCAGCAAGCCACAUGACCAGGGGGGGAUGGCGCAAUGGGAGUAGGUGACAUCUAUCAUUCCAAGUCUGACGUCCAAACGACAAACACAAGUAUAUUCAUAUAGCCUAUUCGCAAUACUCAAAAUGAUUUUGCUUUUGUUUUUGUUUUUAAUAGAUAGCGAUAGGUGUAGUUGGCAAUUGUAGGAUUUGGUUCUAUUGAUGGCUACUUUUACUUGGAUGGGAAAACAGAAGAAAAUAAUUUCCAACAACAAAGACACACCGGACAGCUGCCUUACGUUUGAGCAGAAAAGCGGUCGACUUUAGUUGGAUUAGGCAGACUGUGACUGAGUCAGUUAACCAUUGAGUCAAAAUUGUGCCACUGUGCAAUAUCACAUUUACUGUAAUAUUUUGAAAUUAUAUUAAUCUUCAAAGUAACCAGUUAAGUUGCAUUCCUCAUGUUUUGUGCACAAAUAUAUUUCCCACACAAAGGCGUACCAGUACAAUAUUAUAUUAUUGUAUUAUUAUAUUUAUUGUUUAUACUUUAUACUAUGCAAUAUGUAUUAUUGAUAUGACUGAAUAUAACUCCAGUACAGUGGCAUCGUUUCUCUCAAAAUGUCAUCAGAAGUCUUGACGAAACUAGGUCAAGGCAUGCUGAAUUGUUGUCUUUAUUUAAAUCUCAAGAUGCUCUGGACAAGAAACUAACUUAACAGGAGAUAAUCUUUUUACAACCACAAAUGAUCUAAAACAUAAGAAAUGUUAAACACUUUGGACUAACUAUAUAGCAUCAUUUGCGCAAAAUAUUCACCAUGUGUGCGAACAUAUUAAUUUUUACUUCACCAUACCUGAAUUAUUUGCCUUGCGUCUGUUAAUUGUACUUUAGCCAGGGGAACAAUUCUAGCCAUGUAAAUUAUACAAACAGUUUCUUCCUUCAGUAUUCUUUCCAUAUUACGAGGUUUUGUCAAUGAAAAUAAAAUAUAGCACGAAUCUUCAAAACGGGCGCAAUCAAAACACUAGGUUUCGCAGAUGCGUGAAAACCCGGUCAAUGUUUACGGAUAAAAUUCACUGACUUUCUUUCACUCUGUGGAUCUGUUUCUUUGUUGGGUAAUAGAUACAUGGGUAUUCCUUCAGGCUGUUCAGAAUUCGUGCAAUAAUCUAAGUUAGAACUGCCAGAAACACGGCCUUCGUCUCCGCGUUUGUUGGUUUUACUAUAAUUUUAAUACACCACGAUGAAAUCGUGUUCAUCUUAUGACGUCACAUGGCAUCAACAUGGCCGGUCAAAAGUUCGCACAGGAAGUGCCAAAAAUGGCCACUUUGGAAGGCUAUAAAAUCGGUUUGAAUUUACCAAUUUCAAUUCUGUUUGUGGUAAACAGGUCAGGAGGGAAAGCACUUUUAAUUAAGCUCCAAAAAUGAGGGUCGCAAAAUUCGUUGCAGUGGCACUUUAAUUAAUAGCUAGCUAGUUAGUGCAUCGAAGGCUGGAAGGCAAGAAUACUCUUCGCCUCGAAACUAGAUACAUUAUGACGUCUGUCUAUUGCCUAAAGCCUGGCGCACACGAUGCGAUUUUAGUCGGCCAAUAAAAAUCGUUUGACAUACCGAUAUACAUCGGCAUACUCCGCACACGAUUACGAAAAAAAUACGCUCCCUGAACUGUAGCCGCCAUGUUGCCAAAUAACACAAGCACGUGAUCACAGCAUGAAAUCUUAUUGGUUAUACUUAAAAUUCCACCGAUAAAAUCGUAUAAUAUCAAAACGUUUUGACGUUGUCCGAUUAAAAUCGAGCAACAAAAAUCGGUUAAAAAUGACACCGCACACACAACGAUUUUGUUAGUUUUAGUCAAACGAUUUUUAUCGGCCGACUAAAAUCGCAUCGUGUGCGCCAGGCUUAAUACAUUUUUGUAAUUAAUACGUCAAUCAGUGAUGACGUGUCAAUUGUGACUCGGGUUGGCUCUGUUAUAAUUUGCUCUAGCUGAUAGAUGUCCAUGAUAUCUAUGAGUCGUUUACUCUGGAAAAAAUGUCCAUAGUAAACGACUCAUAGAUAUCAUGGACAUCUAUCAGCUAGAGCAAAUUAUAACAGAGCCAACCCGAGUCACAAUUGACACGUCAUCACUGAUUGACGUAUUUAUUACAAAUACCCCUCAAAGAGUAAAAUCCAGUGGAGUGAUUCGUCUUGGCAUUAGUGACCACUACAUGAUUUAUGUGUGUACCAAAGACGCAAUCAGUAGAUCGCCUCCUAAAGUUGUUGAGACCAGAUCUUUUAAAAACUACAACAAAUUUGUAUUCAGAAGGGAUCUGUUCUAUACACUAAAUUGUCUAAUAUAGAAGCUGAACUAGACCCAAACAAAAUGUGGGAAAAAUGGAGAAAUGUGUUUACUACUACCGCAGACAAACAUGUUCCAUUAAUAACGCGUAAAGUUAGAAGUCAACACACUCCAUGGCUGACUAGUGAAAUUAAGAAACUGAUGAAUCAUCGAGACUAUUUAAAACAUAAAGCAACCCGCACUAAAUCUCGGUAUUUCUAUGAAGCCUAUAAAAUUGCUCGAAAUAAAACCAACAAAAUAGUAGAGAAAGCUAAAUCAAGGCAUUUCCUACAUACCAUAAACAACAAUAGCAACAAGCCAAAGCAACUAUGGAAAAGUGUCAACCUCAUUCGAGGUAAAGGAUCAAAAACAACUAAUGUAUCCAGUCUGAAAAUAGACGAAGAAACUAUAACAGGUGACAAGAACAUUGCUGAAGCUUUUAACUCUUUUUUCGUCCGUGUGGGUCCAUCGCUUUCGCAAAGUUUACCAGAGUCUCAAAAAAGCUAUUCUGAUUAUGUUCAACAUCCCACACAUAAUACCUUUUCCUUUAGUGAGGUUAGUGAAAAUGACACUCUAAAGUUGCUAUGUGGUUUGAAAGAAUCAAAGGCGGCUGGUCCAGAUAAAAUAAAUACUAAACUAGUCAAGGAUUCUGCUGAAGUAAUCUGUCCUACAUUGACAAAAAUUUUCAACAGAUCCUUGCAACAAGGUAUCUCCCCAGAGGAACUUAAAACCGCUUUUGUCUCCCCCAUUUACAAAAACGGUGACAAAUCUGACUGUAGCAAUUAUAGGCCUAUUUCGAUUUUGUCGACUAUUGCAAAAAUAUUAGAAAAAACUGUCUACAAUCAGCUAAUUUCGUAUAUAAAUGAGAAUAACAUUCUAAUAAUAAUCAAUUUGGAUUUCGAAAAUCUCAUUCAACUGUAACGUCGUUGUUAAAUGCUACAAGUAAUUGGCUUCUUCUGGUAAUCAAUUUGGAUUUCGAAAAUCUCAUUCAACUGUAACGUCGUUGUUAAAUGCUACAAGUAAUUGGCUUCUAAAUAUUGAUAAAGGCCUUAUAAAUGGAGUCUUGUUCCUAGACCUACGGAAAGCAUUUGACACUGUUGAUCAUGUAAUCCUAAUUGAAAAGCUAAAACUGUAUGGAAUUACAGGGGGUGCCUUGAAGUGGUUUAUAUCAUACUUAGAAAAAAGAUAUCAAACAUGUAAAAUGAAUAACGUUAAAUCAUCCAGAAAAUUAAUUAAAUGUGGUGUUCCCCAGGGGUCUAAUUUAGGACCCCUCCUAUUCUUAUUAUAUGUCAAUGACCUGCCAAAUUGUCUUGAUCAGGCAAAACCUUCGAUGUUUGCUGAUGAUACUAAUAUCUCCGUAUCUGCGGAAUCCGUAGACGAAUUGGAGGAAAAAUUGAACACCGAUCUUAGUAAUAUUUAUCAAUGGUUAGUGGCAAACAAAUUAACACUUAACGUUUCUAAAACAGAAUAUAUGAUUAUUGGCUCUCGAAAUAAUCUAAGUAAGAUUAAUGUGGAUCCGACAAUUAAAAUUGGUGGCGAUUCUAUUAAUAGAGUUAAAACAACAAAAAGUCUUGGCGUGGUCAUUCACGAUAAGUUGAGAUGGGAGGACCACAUUGACAGCAUCAGUAAAAAAGUUUCAAGCGGAAUAGGAGCGAUAAAAUUGAUCAAGCCUUAUGUUCCAAAGGAUUGCCUAAAUCAGAUUUAUAAUGCUCUUGUGCAGCCAUAUUUUGACUAUUGCUCUCUAGUAUGGCAAAAUUGUAAACUAGAGUUGCAAUUGAAACUUCAAAAACUUCAAAAUAGGGCAGCAAGAGUUAUAACUGGAGAUAACUGGGAGGUUCGUUCAAAAGAUGUUCUUAGCAAACUGAAUUGGCAACCACUAAACCAGAUAAGAUUGGUUAAGACGCUCUUGUUUAUGCGCAAAAUUCUAAAAAAGGAAGUUCCUACAUCAAUAUCAGAAGUCAGACCAGUUUCACAUUUCGGUAACCGAUCAAUACAAUCUACGUAGUAAUUUUACUAUGUUGAAACUGGCAACAGUUUCACAUUUCGGUAAACGAUCAAUACAAUCUACGUAGUAAUUUUACUAUGUUGAAACUGGCAAAACCAAGAACAAAUGCACUGAAGCGUAAUUUUAGCUACCAUGGUGCAAAAACUUGGAAUAAUUUGCCAACUGAAUUGAAAAAUCUCACGAUCUCUGAGAGAGUUUUCAAAAAUAAAUUACAAGAUUUCAUUCGCGAAAAUAAUUCAUUUUUGAACAAUUUUUCAAGUUGCCAGUGACUGCUAUAAAACAUUUUUUCAAUAAACUGUUACUUAGAGUGUAUGUUUUUGUGGGUUUUUAUGGAGUAUUAUAAAUGUAAUAAUGUCCUGUUUAUGCAUGAUAUUUACUAUAAUUUAGUGCAAUUGUUGUUCUACUGUUUAGCUUAAAUUUCUACACGGCCUUAUGAAAAGCAACCAUUUUAAUUAUUUGAAACUUUGUUACUAUCAGAAAACUCUAUAUAUUUUUAGUAGAAAUAGGUUGAUAAGCUACCGUGUAUAAAGAAUUUUAAAUAAUAAUAAUAAUAAUAAUUAAUGCCGCGUGAGAGGAGAGGUAUUUCGCAUGAUUACUGAGCGACUAGCUAAUGACAUGUGCCUACAACCAAUAGCAAUAACGCUUUAGUAGUUUAGUCAUAUCUACUAAUCUACAUACCAGUGUGCAGUAUAAAUGCGGCGAACUCACUGCAUGGAAUAAUAAUAUAUGUUAUGAGACAGGAUUCGAGAUUGUGCUUUGUUUUGUCUCGGAGUAUUGACCACAUACAUGUGUGUGAUGUGUAGGUUAUUUUGAUUCGUGACUCAUCACUGCAAAUCAAAUAUAAAAAUGCGGUUUGACGCUUUAUAGUGUAAACACAAAAUGUGAAAGUGCGCUGACUAAUACUCGGGAAAUCGCGAUGAUUUCCGACGAUGUCCGAUUUCGAUACGAGUGUAACCGGAACGCGUUCCGCACAUGCGUUCCGCAAUUGCAAAUGGACGCAAAUGCAUGGAACGCAUUUAGGAACGCGUUCCGAACGCGUUUUCUGUUAGGUUAUUUUUGAGCAGUACGGCAUUUCACAGUUUGCAUUCUUCACUCCCUACACUGGCAUGCAACCACCAUUUGAAAUUAUAAAACAAAAGUACUGCCUGCGUAUGUUAUUUAUUUAACGGUUUAGGUCGGCGCAUGCACGCGAAAUAAGUAUUUCCAUAGGUCUCAAAAAAUGGACCAACAUAAAAAUCAAUAAAUAACGUUUUAAAUAAUGUCGCUAAUGCUAUUUUGUAGAUGAAGUCAAUCAUGUUUUGAAAAUCAGAUUAAACGGGACAAAUGAUAAGCAAGGACGAGUAGAAGUAUACAAACCAUCAUACGGUUGGGGUACAGUAUGUGAUGAUGCCUGGGAUAUUAAGGACGGUCACGUAGUGUGUCGUCAAUUGGGCUUUUCCAGGGCUAACGCGGUGUACCAGAGUGCCCAUUAUGGCGCAGGAACAGGUCCAAUAUUGCUCGAUGACUUGGCAUGUACUGGAAAUGAAUUUCAUCUAUGGAAUUGUCCUCAUGCAGGAUGGAAUGUGGAGAACUGUAGCCAUGGUGAAGACGCAAGUGUGGAUUGUCAGUAAUGCAUGAAUGAUGCUAAUUUCUCAACAAUUUUGUAACCGCUUAUAUAUAACAUAUGUGACAUUAUUAAUAUAAUCAACUACUGCUCAGAAAAACUGUUUUGUAGAAAAUUUUAUACUCCAAGAACAAUUAGAUAUACUUCAAAAGUAUGCAAACCAUGCUGUAUUUGUAAUGAUCAUGAUGAUAAUGUAUCGUAUCGUAAAAAAUUAUUUCAAGACGCUAGCUUCAUCAACAUAAAUUGGUUUUCAUGAGAGGCGUCGUCAAUUUAUAUACAAAGUAUUAAUAUUUACAAGAGAAUAAGUAGAAACAAAGAGAAACUAUUUACGAAAAUGCAUGCUGAAUACAGGUGUGACCCAUCCAAUUGGUAACAGAGUCAGAGAUUAAUAUUUUGUUUGAAAAUAUGGAUUGAUUGUGCUUCUUUUGUUUCCCGAGAAAUGCUAUUCCAAAGCUUUGCCCAGCUGUAUUUAAAACUUUUUUUAGGAAUUCCCUUCUCGGUUUUGGGAGAACUAAAUCAGUAUAGCUAUUUGUUAAAUUAUAAUUCGCUUGCGUUAAACUACUCCAAGUCAGUGACUCUUUCAAGUUAGGAGCAGUAUAAUCGUUUAGAAUUUUAUACAGAAGAAUGGACUUCAUCUUCUGUCUUCUACCUUUCAAAGUUUCUCAACCAAGAGUUUUAAGAACGACAGCAGAUUCAAUUUCGUAACUUGCGCCAGCAAUUAUUCUUGCCGCACGAUUUUGAAAUUUCUGAAGUUUAUCAAGAAGUUGUAUGCCGCAAAUGUCCCACAGUGGAGAACAGUAAUCAAAAUAAAGUUGAAUCAAGGCAUUGUGAAUCAUUUGGAGUGAGUUUACUGGAAUGAAAUUUUUAGCCCUUGGCAACAUUGCAAUGCCAGAUCGAACUCUUUUCAAUACCUUUUCGAUCUGUUUAUCCCAUUUAAGGUUUUCGUCGAGUAACACGCCCAGACAUUCGAAAGAGCUAGUUCUACAAAGAGGUUUGUUGUUAAAGAACACAGGAUAGUCGUGAACUUUAUUGGUUAGAUUAUAUGACGAUCCUAUGAUCAUGUACUUAGUUUUAGUAGGGUGGUGCUGUAGUUUGUUACUGGCGAGCCAAUCACUGAUUUGUUUUAGGUCAGAAUUUAAUUUAUCAAUCAGCUCAUUAUAAUCGUUAGAAGAAGAAAAUAUUUGGGUAUCGUCCGCGUAUAAACAAGGUGUAGUUUUUUUUAGUUUA